CCCUCUCACACACAGACUCUCACACACUCAUUCAACCCUGUGAGCGGCAGAGUGGAGCGGAGCAGAAUGGGAAGUGCUUUAACACAGAGGGAAAUACAGGCAGAAAGAGGAACAUAGGACCAGCGUGGGGCUCCUACUACACACACACACACACCGUUAACAUCACACAUUCCUGUUCUCAUACACACCCACGCGUGAGCUCGCGUGAAAUCCGGCUGCCAGGCUGGACGGGACGGGGAGGACACCCACCUCACACACUCGCACACAUGCUCACACACCCACGGACACACACACGACUCUGGAGCGUACUAUGGUGGUCCAGGGAGCGGUGACACCCGGGAGAACCCGCCGGCUGAUGCUUAAGCUGCCGGUAGGGACUCUACGGAGGAAUAGUGGAGAGAGGAUGACAGAGGGGAGGCGAUGUCAGGUCCAUCUCCUGGACGACAGGAAAUUGGAGCUCCUUGUGCAGCCCAAGUUGAUGGCUAAGGACUUACUGGACCUGGUGGCCUCUCAUUUCAACCUCAAGGAGAAGGAGUACUUUGGAAUCGCAUAUACAGAUGAAACGGGCCAUUUCAGCUGGCUGCAGCUGGACCGCAGGGUCUUAGAACAUGAGUUCCCCAAGAAGUCCGGUCCCAUUGUCCUCUACUUCUGUGUCAGGUUCUACAUAGAGAGCAUAUCCUACCUGAAGGACAAUGCCACCAUUGAGCUGUUUUUUCUUAAUGCCAAGUCUAUCAUCUACAAGGAGCUUAUUGAAGUGGACAGUGAUGUUGUCUUCGAAUUGGCUUCCUUUAUUCUACAAGAGGCUAAAGGAGAUUUCACCAGUAAUGAUGCAACCAGGUCUGACCUGAAAAAACUGCCUGCUCUGCCUACCCAGGCCCUAAAGGAGCACCCAUCCCUGGCCUACUGUGAAGACCGGGUCAUAGAGCAUUACAAGAAGCUCAGUGGGCAGUCCAGAGGGCAAGCUAUUGUAAAUUAUAUGAGCAUUGUGGAGUCUCUGCCCACAUAUGGAGUACAUUAUUAUGCUGUAAAGGACAAGCAGGGGAUUCCUUGGUGGCUUGGCCUGAGCUAUAAAGGUAUCUUCCAGUAUGACCACCAGGACAAAGUCAAGCCCAGGAAGGUGUUCCAAUGGCGUCAGCUGGAGAACCUCUACUUCAGAGAGAAGAAGUUUUCAGUGGAAGUUCAUGACCCCAGGAGUAGGGCGUCUGUGACAAGAAGGACGUUUGGUCACAGCGGCAUUGCUGUGCAUACCUGGUACGCCUGUCCUGCCCUCAUCAAGUCCAUCUGGGCCAUGGCCAUCAGCCAACACCAGUUCUACCUGGACCGCAAACAGAGCAAGUCGAAGAUCCAUGCAGCACGGAGUUUGAGUGAGAUCGCAAUAGACCUUACAGAAACAGGAACACUGAAGACCUCCAAACUGGCCAACAUGGGCAGCAAGGGCAAGAUUAUCAGUGGCAGCAGUGGUAGUCUGCUCUCCUCAGGCUCUCAGGAAUCAGACAGCUCCCAGACAGCAAAGAAGGACAUGCUGGCAGCACUGAGGGCCAGGCAGGAUGCUCUGGAAGAAACACUAAGACAGAGACUAGAGGAACUCAAGAGCAUCUGUAUCAGAGAAGCGGAGCUGACAGGAAAACUUCCCAAGGAAUAUCCACUUGAUCCAGGAGAGGAACCACCCACAGUGAGAAGGAAAAUUGGUACCGCAUUUAAACUGGACGAGCAGAAAAUUCUUCCAAAGGGAGAGGAAGAGGAGCUGGAGCGUUUGGAGAGGGAGUUUGCCAUUCAGUCCCAGAUUACGGAAGCAGCCAGGCGUCUUGCCAGCGAUCCUCAUGUGAGCAGUAAGAAGCUGAAGAAACAGAGGAAGACUUCUUAUCUGAACGCACUGAAGAAGCUCCAGGAAAUUGAAAACUCUAUCAAUGAGUACCGGGUCCGAUCUGGCAAGAAGCCUACGCAGAGGGCGUCACUUAUCAUUGAAGAGGCCAAUAUUGGCUCUGAAGACAGUUCACUGUCUGAUGCACUGGUCUUGGAUGAUGAUGAUCCUCAAGUUACAGGUACUCCCACCUUCUCCCCAGUGGGAUCACCUCACAAGGGCCUCCCCCCUCGGCCACCAUCUCACAGUCGGCCUCCUCCACCGCAGUCCCUGGAUGGCCUGAGACACCUGCACUACACACGCUCUGACUAUGAUAAAUCGCCCAUUAAACCCAAAAUGUGGAGCGAAUCAUCACUGGAUGAGCCCUAUGAAAAAAUCAAGAAACGCUCCUCUCACUCCAGUCACAGGCGUUUCCCAAGCUCCGGCAGUGCUGAAGCAGGGGGGAGUAACUCUCUGCAGAACAGCCCCAUCAGGAGCCUUCCUCACUGGAGUUCUCAGUCCAGCAUGCCGUCGACCCCAGACCUGAGGACAAGGACCCCACAUUACGUACAUUCCACUAGGUCAGUGGACAUCAGUCCCACACGUCUGCACAGUCUCGCUCAGCACUUUAGGAACCGCAGCUCUAGCCUUGAGUCUCAGGGCAAACUGUUGGUGUCAGAUGCCGACACACACCCACACACCCUGGGCACACUGGGCAGCCCUGACUUCUUCUUGGGCCCAACACGUAGCUCCAAUGGCUCUGACCCAUUGGAUGACUGCUCAUCCUGCACCAGCCAGAGCAGCUCAGAGCAUUACUACCCCUCUGGUGGACCCCUGGCCCCUGGCAGCAAUCCCAACUACUCUACCCUGGGAGAGGACUCACCUUCCAAAGCGAGGCAGAGGCAGAGGCAAAGGCACAGGUCUGCAGGUCAUCUGGGGUCCUCUAACUCUGGCUCCAUGCCAAACCUGGCUGCUAAGAACGGCUCUGGUGGAGGCUCUGGUGGAGGUGGGAUAGGAGGAGGACACCAUGGAGUCUACCUCCACAGCCAGAGCCAACCCUCCUCCCAGUACCGCAUCAAAGAGUACCCACUGUACGUGGAGGGCAGCCCCAACCCGGUGGUGGUGCGAAGCCUGGAGAGCGAUCAGGAGGGCCACUACAGCGUGAAGGCCCAGUUCAAGACCUCUAGCUCCUACACGGCCGGGGGACUGUACAAGGAGGCCUGGGGAGGAGAGGAAGGAGGAGAAGGGAGCGGUCGACUCACGCCGUCCCGCUCCCAGAUCGUACGGACUCCGUCAUUGGGGCGAGAGGGUGGUGGAGGCGGAGGAGGGGGGAGGGCAGCUGUGUCUGAAGAGUUGCGAUGCUGGUACCAGAGGUCGUCAGGGAGCCUGAAGGAAAGAAGUCACUCACAUUCAGGAUCGACUUCCUCUGAGACAGGGUCACAGCAAGGCACUCUGGGACAUGGUCGGGGGAGUCGGGUAGGAACACUCGCCAAGGGCUCACCAGCUGCAUCCCCUCACAGCCAGAGGAGUAUGACGCCCUCCAGUGAACACGCAGCCACACCCACACCCCCCUGUAGCCCACAGCACAUCCUCAACUGGCAGAGCGGGUCUUUCAGUGACAGCUGUUUUCUCAACAGCCCCUUGUGUUCAGAGCUGGCAGAUGUGCAGUGGUACGGACACGACAAGGCCAAACCUGGAACCCUGGUCUAAGACCUUCCUAUAGGGCCCAGAAAAGUCCCAUUGCCCUUUCCACUGUCCCUCACUACUACCCAUUGACAACCAACAACCUCAUCCAUAAGGCCCUACAAAAAACCCUGCCCUGACUGGACAUGAGCCUCCCUCCUCCUGAGUCCUGCCCUCUAUCCAUCCCACCACAUCUUUAUUACUCUCCUUCUAUCACAGUUAAGCUGGACAGGGACACACUCGCUGGGCUCUGACAAGGGCUGUUUUCACAGGACGGACUGAGAGAUGCCACCUCAGCUGUUGAACUGUUGCCUUGCAGCACCACAGAGCCCCUUCUUUACUCACCCUCAGCACACACGCAACUGGACAUGGUGGAGAAGGUGACGGGGAGAGAGAGCACAGAAAUAUAUUAAACAUACAACUCAAACUCAACCAUCCCAACGUCGGCCAUUCCAAGACCUGUUUCUAAUCUCACCUUUGGUCCCCAACCUUAUUAUAUCCAGUGCAUUGCACCCAAUCAGAGGAUACCUGCUGGAUUUGAGCCACCAGUUUAAAAAACAAUUUCCAUGUCCAACUAAACUGUGUUGGAUUUCAUUACUCCCAUCUUGUUAUUUGUUUAUUUCUCCCUGCAUAUUUAUUUUUUUUUAAAAAGAGAGAAAAUGACACAGACUUUUCAAAAAAUCUGGAUCAACAAAUAUUUAGAUGACAAAUUCCUCAUCUCAGUUUAACCCACAACCAAAGACAACUACUGGAUUGACUGGUCACACCAGGUUCCCCGGGCUGGUGUCCCUGUCAGUCAACUGUAUACGAGGGAAAUCACAGGGACAAUAUCAGGAUGGGACACUAUCUGGGAUAUCGGCGAGGACUAUAGCAAUAACAAACAUUGUAAAAGCGUAUGAACUGGUUUGAAUCUACAGAGUGAAUAGAAGUAGACAUUUUUCCAUGUUCUCUGCCUUGUGAUGCUUGGAGUAAAGGAUCAUUAGUGCGUCACAGGAACAAUUUAGAGUUGUGGUUAGUGGGUUUGGCACUAAGCUUACUUCAGUGACUUCAUCAUUCAUGUUAAUUUAAUGUCUUUGGUCUUUACAGAAUUUCUUUAUCCACAACAGUUUCUGUUGGCCACAUUGUGGAUUGUGAGGCAUAGCCUGCCUGAGCAGGUGUAGGGGGGCUUGGGGUGAACGUUAACAUGGCCACAUCCAGUCACAAUUACUGCAAAAUUUCAUUUUGGCUGUAAUUAUGAUAUUGGAACAAGAAGCUCAGCUUUUACCACUUCAUUUUUUUUCACCUGAAAGUAAAACAUGAUUUGCUGUUGGCGUCAAUUAUAGUUCGACAUUGAAGCCAUUCAGUCUAUAGUAAAUUGUCUUUUCUGUCAGGAAUAUUUCUCCUUGUCCUGCUCUGUCCGCACCUCUGUAAUAGUUCUCCCCAUGCUGAGUAACUAUCAGUCCCUUUUAACUGUCUGAUUUCUUGUCUCCCUGUCCAUCUGUCUAGUAUUUCAGGAGUAUCCAGACUGAACACUUUACUCAGUGUUGGCCAGACCACACACAGACACACAUACAUACACACAGACACACAUACACACACACACACACACACACACACACACACACACACACACACACAGUGAAAGUCCUAACACUUGUAUUUACAGGCACACACAAAUUUAUCCGUGCCAAACAUGUAGGUGCUUCACAUUUAUACUGUAAUUCAGCACUGAAAAAGCCACUUCAUCAAGCUACAGACACCUCUAAGUCCUCGCCGUCUACAGCCAUUGUAUAAAACAGCAGCAAAGCAGAGUAGCCAUAAGACAGUCCACAGACCCUAUAAUUUGGCAUCAUGGGUGGAAGGAAUCAUUCAGACGUACUUUGUUCUUAAAGCACAACAUUAACCGUGUCUGUGAGGGCUGGACCUACACUUCAUAUGAUCUCAUUUACUGCUCUCAAUAGUUUAAUGAUGGGUUUUAUGAAAUUGCAUAAAGGCUAGCUAGACAAACACAAGUAAAACCACAAACAAGGUGUCAUAGGUUAGCGCUCUUUUUGUAGUAUAUGGAAACUGAUGGAUUUCAACUUGACAAUAAUUACUACCCAACUGUCAGGAAAGACAAGAAGCCAUAGCUGAAACAGAGAAAAAAUGUCUUAUACAUUCUAAAAUGGAGAGAAUUUCUCUCACACACCCCAAUCAACAAUCAAAUGUUCAGAACAGGGUUAGAAAAGCACACCUGGUUUUGUAUGAAGGAGGCAGAACUCUGCAUGUUUUGGCAAAAUCUAUUUUCCUUCAUCUUCACCUAACUUAAGAAUUCAUGUUUAUCACUGUUUAUUUGUUGCACAAAAUCUGAAUUCAUCAGAUGUUAACUUUACUCAUAUCAUGUCAGGCUCCACAUCUCAUUGUUAGAGACUAAUGGACAUGUUUUUGUUCAGUCUCAUAGCAGCAUCAUGUCUGGAUAAGUGGUGUACCAUGAUUGUGUGGCACUGGAGGACUGGUACGCAAACUACCCUAUCCUCUAAAGUGUUCCCUUUAUACACUGACUUAAGUUGCCCUAAUCAGCCACUUUUUAAGACAAUUUUAGUAUGAAGGUUUAGACCACUCCCUGCAUGGCUGGCUGGCCAAGAGUUAUCCAACCAUGCACAGUCAAAUUUAAGAAAUCUUUACCCAGGAUUGGAGCUCCCUGGCUCCCAUCUCAUAGUGUGUUCAAGUCACCUACUAGAGUACAAGUUUGACUUUGCUUUGCUCUCUUAAAGUCUUUGCUCAUAGUCUGUGUGCUAAAGACACAAUCUCGUGCAUGACCUGCCGAUCCAGUGACAAAUAAAAACCCCAAAGACAUAACUCAGCAUAACUAUGACAUUAGUAUGUCUCGGUCCAUAGUGUUACCCUGCUCCCAGAAAGUCCCAUUUUGUGACCUUAUGGAAAUUUCUGACCUCUGAGCCCAAUGUGAUGAAGUGUGACAUCCCCUCCCUGUGUAGUUCCAAACACACCAUAUUUUCUCGUCCAUAGACGUGUAUGAGGUUUUUGUAAUACUCCAAGAGAAAUGAACUAACUCUUUUAUCAGUCUUUUCCUGUAUGUACGGCGGGGCACUGUGGUUUUGUGGGGUUUUUGACAUUCACAUUCAUUGUUUUAACAAUGUUCCAUUUUAUAUGAACCAGUAUUGUUUUGUUUGUUUUGUAGUUCUGACAUUGUAACAACCCCUUCAGGUGCUACAGAAUGACCAGUUACUGCUUUGUCACGUAGGAUCUAGACAUCUCUUCAUGGUUAUCAAUAGAUUCAAUACCAGAUGUGCAAAAUGAAGCUUAUUUUAACAGACAGUUUAAUUGUAAAACAGUCCCCUACCAGACAAUAGAGCAUGUAACUUGAUUUUAUCAGUUUUGUUCAACUGUAACAAUACAUUAAACGUGUUGUAGAAAAAAUGUGGAUUCGAUUAAAAAAACUGAAUUCCACAGUUAAUUUAUUCUUUUUUCUAUUAAAAAAUUUGUAUAGUAACUUUACAUUUUUCAAAACUGUGUUGUUGGAAACUGAUGAUGAAUUUUCCUGAGAUGCUGUGGUGGAU